ACGAGUCGCAUUGUAUCAACACUUGACAAGCUAAUCGUAUCUUGCUCCUUCAUCUCUCUCUUGUACUAUUGGAAAUAAAUUUAUUGUUGUUAGACUCGACAACAAGAACACAUCAUCAUCAACAAUAAUAUUAUUUAAAUUAUCAGAGCAAUUUUUUUGUAGUGCGCUGAUUCAAAAUUCUUCAUAAAACAACAACAAAAAAAUGUCUACACCUACAACACCAACGGCUGAUAUCGACAUUGAUGCCAUCAUCUUUAAAUUGUUGGAAGUUAGAGGUUCUCGACCAGGAAAACAAGUGAGUCUAACUGAAAACGAAAUUAAACAAUUAAUAUUAAAAUCUAGGGAAAUUUUCAUAUCUCAGCCUGCUUUGCUGGAACUCGAAGCACCUAUUAAAAUUUGUGGAGAUGUCCAUGGACAAUACUAUGAUCUUUUGAGAUUGUUCGAAUACGGAGGUUUCCCACCAGAAGCAAAUUAUCUCUUUUUGGGAGAUUACGUAGACAGAGGAAAGCAAUCCUUGGAAACUAUUUGCCUUUUGCUUGCCUACAAAAUUAAAUAUCCAGAAAAUUUCUUCCUUUUGAGAGGUAAUCACGAAUGCGCUUCCAUCAACAGAAUUUAUGGUUUUUAUGACGAAUGUAAAAGAAGAUACUCCAUAAGAUUAUGGAAGAGCUUUACUGAUUGCUUCAACUGCAUGCCUGUUGCUGCUAUUAUUGAUGAAAAGAUUUUCUGUAUGCACGGUGGUUUAUCGCCAGAACUUCACAAUAUGGAACAAAUUAGAAAGGUUAUGCGUCCAACUGAUGUUCCAGAUAGUGGCUUGUUGUGUGAUUUGUUGUGGAGUGAUCCAGAAGAAGGCAUACAAGGAUGGGGAGAAAAUGAUAGAGGUGUUUCUUUCACAUUUGGUAAUGAUGUUGUAGAAAAAUUCCUGAAAAAACAUGAUUUGGAUCUUGUCUGUCGUGCUCACCAAGUCGUAGAAGAAGGAUACAAAUUCUUUGCCAAGAGGCAAUUGGUGACGAUUUUCAGUGCUCCAAAUUACUGUAACGAAUUCGAUAAUGCAGGUGCAAUGAUGUCUGUCGAUGAGACUUUGAUGUGCUCAUUCCAGAUUUUGAAGCCUGCUGUCAAGAAGAGUUAUUAUUAUUAAAUUUAUAGUCAAAUAGGAUUGUAUUUGAGAUUGAGAUUUACUAAUGUGCAAUAAUAGCUAAUUCGGAUCACUCACUCUUAUCAAUCAAAUCUUAGAGUGUCAACAAUCAUCCUAUACAACCGAAUUGUUGUAUAUAAUUAUUAUAAUUCAUUUGUUUACUAAACUUUUUGCUUAAUUUAU